AUGCGUAGUCGAAAACCCUUUAGAAUCGCUUUAACUUCUAGAAGACGUUCAAGGUCUCGUAAGCAUAAUGAUCAUCAAAGUUAUCAUGAAAGUAACAAAAGAAGCACUAGUUACGAACGUUAUAGCAGAAGUUUUAGAGACGUACCCGUAAACAAUAGAGAAAGAAGCAAUAGAAACGAAAGAAAUUCAAGUAAAAGUUUGAGUGAUAGUAUUGACAUAACUCUGGCAACAAAAACUCCCGAAAGAAGCAACAGAAAUGUAAGAAGUAUCGAAAGAAGUUCAAGUAAAAGUUUGAGUGAUAGUAUUGACAUAAAUCCGGCAACAAAAACUCUCGAAAGUAGCAACAGAAAUGUAAGAAGUAUCGAAAGAAAUUCAGGUAAAAGUUCAAGUGAUAGUAUUAACAUAACUUCGGCAACAAAAACUCCCGAAAGAAGCAACAGAAAUGUAAGAAGUAUCAAAAGAAGUUCAGGUAAGAAUCUGAAUGAGAGUAUUAACAUAAGUAUGACAGCAAAAACUCUCAAAAGAGAUAACAGAAAUGUAAGAAGUAUCAAAAGAAGUUCAAGUAAAAGUUCGAGUGAUAGUAUUGACAUAAAUCUGGCAAUAAAAACUCCCAAAAGAAGCAACAGAAAUGUAAGAAGUAUCAAAAGAAGUUCAGGAAAAAGUUCGAGUGAUAGUAUUGACAUAACUCCGGCAAAAAAAACUUCCAAAAGAAGCAACAGAAUUGUAAGAAGUAUCGAAAGAAGUUCAGGUAAGAAUCUGAAUGAGAGUAUUAAUAUAACUAUGAUAGCAAAAACUCUCGAAAGAGAUAACAGUAACGUAAGAAGUAUCGAAAGAAGUCCUAAUAAGAGUACUAGACAAGAUUUAGAAAGAAAUGUGAUUAGUUCAAUCCAAUCGACAUUAAAUUACUUGAUUGAAGAAGUCCAAGAUCUAAAAAGGCAACGAUCGGAAGUUCGAAAAUAUUCUCUAGAAUCAUGUAGAGAGCACUCUCUGGAAUCAUAUGAAGAAUACUCUCCAGAACCACAUGGAAGAUAUCUAAAAUUACGUAAAGUGCUCAAGGAUAUGACUGAUGAACAAUAUAAGUCUUUUAGGAUGAAGUUGUUCAAAUCCUCUUUGGUCUUGACAACUCAUUGUUACUCGACUAUAUGA